ACAUAGCUAGAGUGAGAGAGAGAGAGAGAGACAGAGAGGGAAGUGACACAAAUUUGAGAAGCUGAACGGUGAACGAACAAGAUAGCUACAGAGAGAGGGUGGUGGUCCUUUCAGAGAGAACUUAAAUCCAAGAACGUUUCUUGUAAUCUGAAGGAAGUAUGGCAGUGUGGGACCUGUCUGUUACCGUGGAGGAGCUGGGCCCUGAGGCCCCGCCCCUCACUGUCAGUGUGACCUCUGACUUGCACAUAGGCGGGGUCAUUCUCAAAAUUGUUGAAAAGACACAGAUAAAGAAGGACUGGUCAGACCACGCCCUGUGGUGGGAACAGAAGCAGCAGUGGCUCCUCCGACCGGCCUGGUCACUGGACAAGUGCGGCAUCCAUGCAGACGCACGCCUGGCCUUCACCCCGCAGCACAAGCCGAUGCUCCUGGGCCUGCCCAACGGGGUGACCCUGAGGCUGCGGGCUCGCUUCUCUGGGCCCGCCUUCCAAACCGUCAUGGGCAUCUGUAAAGUUCUGAACAUUCGCCGCCCCGAGGAGCUGUCUCUGCUGCGGCCAGUAGAGGAGAAGAAGAAGAAGAAAGAUAAGGAGAUGACAGAGGAAGUGUAUGACCUCACAGGAGUACCUCUGACCUCAGCCUCGGUCCCCGGCCUGUACAACGGCAUGCCAGCUCACUUUGCGGACUCCCCCCAGACCGAGGCCGUGUAUAAGAUGCUGUCCACCACGCAGCCCGCCCCCGCGCCCGAGAUCAUCGCGAAGAUGUACCGCCCGGCCAGUGUGGUGGACAAGGCCCACAUCCACAGCAGGUGGCUGGACUCCUCUCGCUCCCUGUUGCAGCAGGGAGUGCAAGAGAACGACAAGCUGUGGCUGAGGUUCAAAUACUAUACUUUCUACGACCUGGAGCCCAAGUACGACGUUGUACGGCUCACUCAGCUGUACGAGCAGGCCCGGUGGGCUGUCCUGCUGGAGGACAUCGACUGCACCGAAGAGGAGAUGAUGCUGUUCGGUGCCCUGCAGUACCACAUUAUCAAAGUGUCACAAUCCGAACCGCAAGGGAUGAAAUCGUGCCCGGCGAUGGACGACCUGGACUCGGCUCUGCAGUGUCUGGAGGUUAAAAUGGAGGGAGAGACCAGCUCCAUGGAUAUGCUGGAAACCAUGGCAACUGUUCCAGAACUGCACGACUACCUAAAAAUAUUCCGACCUAAGAGACUGACACUGAAAGGCUAUAAGCAGUACUGGUUCACAUUCAAGGACACCUCCAUCUCCUACUAUAAGAGCAAGGAGGAAAGUUUUGGGGAGCCAAUUCAGCAGAUGAACCUGAAAGGGUGUGAGGUGGCACCAGAUGUUAAUGUGGCAGGCCAGAAAUUCUGCAUCAAACUGCUGAUCCCAGCGCCGGAGGGCAUGAAUGAGGUCUACCUACGCUGUGAAAACGAAAACCAGUACUCCCAGUGGAUGGCGGCCUGUCGCCUGGCCUCCAAGGGGAAGAACCUGGCCGACAGCUCCUUUUCCAGCGAGGUGGCGAACAUCCAGGCCUUCCUGUCCAUGCAGCGUUCCAACCCCGGGUCCCAGUCCGCCCAGGCCGACGAAAGCAUCAACACACAAAGCCUGGUGUCACCCCGCUACCAGAAGAAGUACAAGGCCAAGCAGUUAACCCCUCGGAUUCUGGAGGCCUAUCAAAACAUAGCACAGCUCUCUCUGACUGAUGCCCUCCUCAAGUUCCUCCAAAUCUGGCAGGCACUACCAGAUUUUGGGUUGUCAUACUUUGUGGUAAGGUUCAAGGGAAGCCGGAAAGAUGAGGUCCUGGGCAUCGCCAACAACCGCCUGAUCCGCAUCGACCUGGGCGUGGGUGAUGUGGUGAAGACCUGGCGCUACAACAACAUGAGGCAGUGGAACGUCAACUGGGACAUAAAGCAGGUGGCCAUCGAGUUUGACGGGAACGUGAACAUUGCGUUCAGCUGCGUGACAGCCAACUGCAAGAUUGUGCACGAGUACAUCGGCGGCUACAUCUUCAUGUCCACGAGGAGCCGCGAGCAAAGCGAAACCCUCAACGAGGAGCUUUUCCACAAGCUCACCGGGGGCCACGAGGCUCUGUGAGGUCCCUCCUGCCCUCGAAAGGAACCCCCCCUCCCCCAACCCCCACAUCCUUGUGCGCCCUACUGCACACUGUAUAUUCCAGAGACUCUUUAGCUGAAACAUCCCAUUAGUUUGUACUUACUGAAACAGUGCCAAAGUUUCAAACCCAUCCCCAGGGGACCACUGUAUCUUUUUUUUAACAGCUAUAGUUAAAUAACUACACUGAGUCAAUUGCAAAGCUUCAUUAAUCGCCAUCAAUGAGUGAUUUACAGUUUUAAAGACAGCUUUAAGUGCAGUGAGAUGGCGGGUGGGUAAAACCCAUACGUCCCCCGAGCACGGAGCGGACCAGAACAGAUUAGGAAAAUUAGAUCUCCAUUGACUUCUCAGCUCCAUUUCUGUGAUCAACAAGCAGUCUGCGUUAUUGGAGCUUUUUAAUGACAUGUUUCCUAAGGCAUUUUAACUGAUUACAAUUAUCAUUCAAUGUCUUUAUAACUAAUGAGAAAAAAAACUGGAAUCGUGGCAGGGGGAGGUAAUUGGUAUGUAGAGGAAUUGCCACAGAUUUAAAAUAUUAACAUGGUAUUACAUGCUGUAACUGCUGUACUCACAUCACCAGUCAAGUUGGACCUUUAAAGUUUUAUUAAUGCUUGCCACCAACCUAAAAAAUACUGCUGUCAAAAUGACCAUUUUCAGUUCAUUAACUAUAUACUCAAUGUGUGUGCAUGUAUUUAUGUUCUAACACAAAAUGUGGAAUGAUAUUGACACCCACUUUGGAUUGUACCUUCAUUAUGUUGUGCUAAACCUAGGCUUAAUGAUUGACCAACAGUAUCCUCUUUCAGUUUUCCGAAGCGGAAUUAUAAAUCACUAAAACCAAAACAAGAGAAACUUUUUUGAA